AUGCAGAUAACUGAAGCUCUCAAGUUGCGGAUGGAAGUUCAGAAACGAUUGCACGAGCAACUAGAAGUACAAAGACAGCUGCAACUACGGAUAGAAGCACAAGGGAAGUACUUGAAGAAGAUAAUCGAAGAGCAACAGCGACUAAGUGGAUCUCUUGGCGAGCUCUCAUGUUCAGUAACAGGCGAAUCAGAUCCUGCAACCCCUGCACCAACAUCAGAGUCUCCUUUACAAGAUAAAUCAGACAAGGAAUGUGGACCAGACAAAAGCCUUUCAGUUGAGGAGGAGUCUCAUUCAUCUUACCAGGAGCCAUUGACACCAGACUCAGGGUGUAACGUUGGGUCUCAAGACGACGAGAGUGCAGGAGAAGAGAGAUCAUUAAAGAAGGCUAGAUUAAUGAGAGGAGGAGGUGCAGCUGGUUAUACACAGGAGAUGGUAGUGGCCCACCCAAUACUAGAAUCAGGCUUGAACAAUGGUCUCGCCUAUGGCCAUCCAUCAACAUCAAGACUGCUUGGGGGUGAAGAUGGAUUGAACCAGGUUUCAGGAGACGAGGUAUGA